UCGGUGCGAGAGCAGCGGGCCAAGAUCGAUUUUCACGUCACUGUCGUCGCCGCCAUCGCCGCCGUCGCCGUCGCUGUCGCCGCAUAGUCUCGUUUCGUCGACCACCGGCCGCUAUCCGCGAGUACAUUAUAAUACCGGCCAUAUACCGUGAACUGUAGAGCACAUUGCAAACCAGGUUUAUACCUAGAGCCGGCCGCUUACCCGACCGUUUACCAGACCGAGGUAUACCAGGCUCGAACAUCACCCGCGUCGCGGUCACGCCGCCGCCGUCACACAUAUGUCGCCCGCCAUGGCGUUGCUGCUGCUGUCGUCCGCGUCUCUGUUGGCGCUCCGGGGCGCGUCCGUCGCCGCCACAUCGGCCGACGACUGCGUGCUGGACCUGGCCAUCGUCUGCCUGGACGACAAGUUGCUGGUGUACGUCAAUUGGCUGGAAAAGCGGGACAAGCUGAACGUGGUCGGUGACAUCGUGACGAUCGUCAAGAAGAAGGAGGCGGGCCUAGCCGAGGACAGGUCCAAGCUGCAGCCGCACAACAGCAAGCCGCACGUGCAAAGGGUUAGUACGUCACUGGGACCGGCCAUCGACGAGUACUUCGACACGCACACCAUCCGGAUAUCGCUGCCUUGGAUACUCGACGACGACAUCGAUCUGGAACUCGACCAGCAAGGCCGCGGCAAGAAGACCAAAUUGAAACAUCUCAAGAAAAUGAUGUCGAUGCUGGGCGUGAUCAUGUGCGCCAAACUGUCGCUGAUGGGACCGCUGGCCAUGGUCAUGAUCGGCGCCAAGGCGCUCAAGGCACUGCUGUUGGCCGUCGUCUCGCUGACCAUAUCCAAACUCAUGUUGCUCAAGAAGUUUAAGGGCGGAGGCGGCGGCGGCGGAGGAUACGGUAGUGGAUCCGUGGUCCAGGCUGACUGGUCGUCGGACAAGGACGACCGAAACGCGCAUCUGCUCGCCUACGCUGGACAGUCGGCCGGAGCUUCAGCGACAGCUGUCAUGUCGCCGUCUUCGCAACAGCCCCUCCAACAGAUGUACCCUUCUUAUGAACCUCACGGCUAUCACGGGGCUGCCUAAACGCUGUCUCGUCGACACCACGAUCACAAUCACCCCCCCGCCCCAAACUUCCGGCCACAGGAUAUGAAACUUAUAUGUAUACAUCUGGCACGUCCGUGGUUAUCCGGAAGUGGGCGGGCGGACGUCAUCCAAACGCGCGUGUCCGUCAAACUAGUCACCGCUUUACCCCUUCGGCCUUCUCAAAUCAACCACCAUCGUCACCUUCACGUCAUCCCCUACAACCGUCAUCGUUUAGCUGUAUAGCUUCAGGUACAUGAUUUGCCAUCCUCGAAAUCUGUAAGUCGCCAGACAUGCAUCCCCCACCCCCAAAAUAUUAUAAUGUCGUGGAACGUUUUUGUUGCAGGUACUCAUAUUACUUUUCAGUUUAUUCUCUCAGUCUAGUAUGUUAUAUUUUAUUAUUUUUAAUGUUAAAUUAUAAAUGGGCAUUUUCGUUGUCCUUAUCGCACCUAGAGGUGAUUUUUUUUUUAUCGUAUCGUUUGUACUCACUUUCUCAGUUAAUUUCAUUAUUACGCACAUUGUAUUUUGUACCAUUUGAAUAGUACCUAGGUAUUUAUGAGAUGCAACAUUAGAAAAGUACAAAGUUUUAGAAUUUUUUAUGAAUGUCCUUUUUAGACUUUGUUUGAAAACGUUUUCUAAUGGCAACUCUUAUUUUUAGUUCAUGUUUAUGACAAUUCUAACUAGAAUAUUAUUUUUGUGAAAAAUUUGCAUCUGCGAAUAUCUAAAUUUGGAUAUUAUUAAUUAUAAUCUUUAAAAGUUUAAUUUAGAAUUUAGAUGAGUGGUGUUAGUGGAUACUUUACGAUAAUUUUCAGAUAGAAAAAACAUCAAACAUGAAUAAUAAUUGAAAUAUUUAUUGAUUCCAUAUUCUAUUUAUUUAACUUCGCCAACAUUUCCAAAUAAUAAUUCUAUAUAUAAAAUUAAAAAUAUGAAUUGCCAUUAAAAAACAAUUAGACUAAAAAGACAUGAAAAAAUCUAAUUUGUAAUUGCAAAUAUGCAAGUGCUUUGUAAAAACACAAAUAUUCGCCUCUUACAAUAUCGUUAUUAUAUGACGCCAUGACGAUAGCUUUUGAAUAUUCAACACCGAGUCCCAACACUAUUGUAAUGAAAUAUCUCCCUCUAACCCGAUUGACGAUGAGUUAUCUGUAAUAAUAUUAUCACGGAUACGACAAAAUCGUUUAUCAAAGGCUUACCUUUAGGCAGCCACUUGGUAUAAAUGAAAUACAAUUUUAACAACUACCAUCACCUCGCGACUAGGUCGUUUCAUAACGCUGCUUUGAGUAUAAUGUGAGAAUUUACACAGUUUUUAGACGUUGUGGCUUUCACGAUUCUUAUAAUAUUCACACUAGCAAUUUGUUUUCUUCCUUUUUUAUAUCUAUCUAUAUAGUUUUAACAAAUAAUAAUCAUAAUUGUAUAUUAAAAGUAUUUAUACGGUUUUUAUCGACGCGUGUUACUGUCCGUUCUUUCGUAUGUAUACAUAAACCUAUGUUUUAUAUAAUAUUUAAUUUAACACAUUUGUUAUUUAUUAUAAACUAUUCAUAAGUAAUAA